AUGUUCAGAAAACACAGCAAGCAGGUAGAAAAGCAGCUCAUUGAUAUCGUCAACAGCAGGAAUAACUGCAAUAAGUGUGGUGAGUGUGGUGCAGACUAUCCAACAUGGGCCUCCUGGAACCUUGGUAUUUUACUAUGCGGCCGGUGCGCCAACAUCCACAAGAAAGUUCUUUCCCGCGGUGGGCCAAGAGGAGGACCCAUCUCCAAAGUCAAAUCUUUGACGCUUGAGAACUGGACUGAUGAGCAGGUGGAUUCCUUGAGAAGGAUUGGCAACAAGAAGGCUAAGCGCAGAUGGAACCCAAAGCUGGUGCGCUUCCCACAUACUGAUGACGAUGAUGAAGGUCCAAUCGAACGCUUUAUUAUUGACAAGUACGUGGAGGGACGAUUCAGGGAUGGUGCUAUUGACAGUGAUGACUAUGAGGACAGAAUGAGCCGCUUUUCCGAUGACAGCGGAACGCUGACUCCGGUGGCGCGAUCGUCACGUCUGGGUUCCAGCGUUGGCUUUACGGGUAAUCGAUCUCGGGCCAACUCGAGACAGGUACCGCGUUUGACCCACAGGAAACUUACGACUUUUGAGCAGACGCAAUACCAGCUGCAAGUAGCCAAGAUCAUGGGGUUCGGCUACAAGAACAGAGAUGCAGUAUUGGAGAGUUUGACCUUGAGCAACGGUGACAUUGAUUUUGCAUUGGAUAUAUUGGCUAACGACGCGAAAAUCAAUCCUCUGCUGAGCGAACUUCCUCCUGAGUUGCCUAAACGCCCAUCGACUGUAUCGACUCAGUCCUCGGCACAAGGCACUACUUUACCCACAUCGGCGGGCUCUUCGAAUGAUUGGUGGACAGGCUCAACUAGUGCUGUAGCUGAGCAACCGCAGAUCUAUCAGUACACAGAUCCUGUCACUGGGCAAGUGUCGUAUGUGGACUCAAAUGGACAACAAUACUUGGACACCAACAACCCGCAGCACCAGCAACUUUUGAUGCAAAAUACACAGAUGCUUACACAACAAGCUACAAAGCAAAAUGUCUUGUCUUUGUAUAAUCAACCCAACAACUUUACCACCAACGUGGCCACGCCCACCGGCCAGCAGCAAACACAGGUAAUGCAGGGCACUCAACAGAACCCACAAGUUCAGAACCCACAACAGGUGCAACAGAACCCACAGAUGCAAAUGCAAAUGCAAAUGCCGACCAUGCAGACUCAGGUCCCCCAAAACCAAAUCAUGCAACAGAAUACAAUGCAAUUACAAAAUCAGUUCCAACAGAUGCCCCAACAGGUGUACAUGCAACCUACUGUACAGCAACAAACAGGAUUCUUUACGCCGCAACAACAGUUUCAGUAUGGCCAACCCCAACAACAAUGGAGAUGA